AUGGAAACUGUCUCUAGAGAGGAAGCUUGGGAGUUGUUCUGUGAGCAGGUGGGUGCAGUCGUUGAUUUUCCAUGUGUCCAACCUUAUGCUCGAGCCAUUGUUGAGGAGUGUGGGGUGUGGAAGCAUGCAUUGAGAGAACUUUUAUUACCCAGCACAAAUGCUGCAUAUGACACUGAAGCUGUUAUGCAACGAAUGAAAUUCAGUUAUUACAGAUUGAGGGAUUGUGACAUAAAGAGUUGCUUCCUUUAUUGCGCUUUUCUUUCAGAAGAUCAGGAGGUUAAUAUUUAUGAGCUGGUGAAUAUUGUAUCCAAAGGUGCCUCCCUAUUGCAGAGUACCAAGGGCGGUCUGUCCAUCAAAAUGCAUGCUAUGGUUAGAGAUUUAGCAUCAGUGAUCAUAUUAUCGAAGGCAGAACGUUUGCAGUUUCUGCUAAGACCUUAUUUAUUGUACAGGCCACUUGAAAGCCCCGAAAGUAAUAGAUUGUUAAUUGAUGAAGGUUGUCAGUUCUUGUUGAAAGGUGGUGCAGGUCUAAGGGAGUCGCUACCAGCGGAGAAAUGGAACAAGCCAAGAUGA